AUGGAGUGUCUGGUUGUUGCCAGGUACUCCCUCUCGACUACAGACCCUCUUCCUCUUGUUUGCUUGUUCCUGACGAUUAUCGUGGCGUUUCACAUGCACAUCAAAAAGUUAUGUGGUCAGGGGUUGAUACAUGGGUGGCGGCUCCUGCAAAAUGUUAUCCCAUUAGGGUGGCGUUACUGCAUCUGGCCGGCUGGCAGCCCUGGUAGUGCAGAAUCGUGCAUAACAUCUCCCAACUGCAUCGUCUGUCAAUCGCUGUUGGCGGCGCAUACGGGCUCACGAAUAGGAGAAGUAACCCUUGUAGAGGCGCGGCGAGCGCAUGGUCCUUCUGUGUGUACUGGGUGCGUAUAG